AAUAGGAGCAAAGGGUGGAGCGGGUGAGCAUAAAAGCGGUCUUUGAGAGCCGCCGGACACAAGAGCAAAGCCGAAAUGAAGACGACGCGCACGUUGCUGCUGCUGGUCCUUUGCGUGAGUGGGGCCGCCUCACAGGGCAACCUGGACUACGACGAAUACGACACGGACACAAAGAUCCCGUCCAAGGCCAAGACCAACGCGACGGACGAAUCGGCACCCGAUGCCCGCGGCCACCGCCCACUGACUGGGGGCCGGGACUCCUACACUCGCAACCGCUAUACGCCGCCUCCCAUUGGUGGUGGCAGCAGGUAUCAAGGACGUCCGACCACCACGUCCAGAGGACAGGAGGUGGAGGAGGAGAAGAAGGUGCACCCCGAGGCGGGCGGAUGUUCGUACGGUGCCGGAGAAUUGGGUGUGUUGUGUCCCACCGGCUGCGAGCUGAAGACCGCGCUGCUCAAGCAGGAGAAGAGCGUCGCGACAAGCAUCAACGACUUGAGGCCUCUGGUGGACGAGCUGUCGCGCUCGUCCAACGUGGUCUAUAACUUUGCCAACGAGAUGUCCUCCUCGCUGACCGAGCGCCAGCGAAUCAUCGGAGACAACGGGCGGGUGGUCAAUCAGUUCACCAGUCAGGUGGAGGAACAGCACGCCUUCAUCAAGGAGACAGUCGACACAGUGUUCCCCUCCACCAUUCGUGUCCUGCAGGGCGUCGUGGACAAGCUCCGUCUGAAGAUCGAGAAGCUGGAGAAGGCCAUCAAGGCGCAGAAGGAGGGGUGCAAGGAUCCAUGCCAGACCAAAUGCCCCAUCCCCGUGGUGACCGGAAAGGAGUGCGAGGACAUCUACCGCCGUGGCGGGAAAGACUCACAGAUGUACAUGAUCCAACCGGAUCCCUUGGCGUCCCCGUACAAAGUCUUCUGUGACCAAAGCUCUAACAAUGGAGGAUGGCUCCUCAUCCAGAACCGACUGGAUGGCAGCGUGGACUUUGGCCGACGCUGGGACGAUUACCGGCGUGGUUUUGGGAACAUCGCGCUGGAUGUGGGCAAGGGUUACUGUGAGAGACCAGGCGAAUACUGGCUAGGCAACGAGCGCAUUAGUCAGCUGACCAAGAUGGGCCCGACAGAGCUUCUCUUCGAGAUGCAGGACUGGACGGGCGCCAAGGUCCACGGCCUGUACCGCCAGUUCACCAUGCAGUCGGAGUCGUCCAACUACAUGCUGUCGGUGAAUGAAUACUCGGGCAAUGCCGGGAACUGUCUCUUGGACGGCGCUCUGGAGCUGUUUGGGGAAAAUCGCACAAUGACCAAACACCAUGGCGCCAAGUUCAGCACCUACGACAGAGACAAUGACAACUGGAACCCUGGCGACCCCACCAAGCAGUGCGCCAGAGAGGAUGGCGGCGGGUGGUGGUACAACCGCUGCCACUCGGCCAAUCCCAACGGCCGGUACUACAUCGGCGGAGCCUACACCAAGCAGAUGGCCAAGCACGGCACAGACGACGGCAUCGUGUGGAUGAACUGGAAGGGUAGCUGGUACUCGCUCAAGGCCAUCAGUAUGAAGAUACGGCCCGUCUUCGCCUCCAGAUAACCAACAAUAACAACAAAGACACUGUGAAUAAACGUCACACUUACUUGA